CUUUACCUAUAUAUUUUUAUGUUUUACACCGUUUACCAAAGUUACAUCAAAAAAGUCCUGUGAAAGAAGAAUACGAUGUCUCGUUAUGACAGAGCGGUGACUGUAUUCUCUCCUGACGGUCAACUUCUCCAAGUCCAAUACGCCCAAGAGGCAGUAAAGAGAGGCUUCGCAGCCGUGGGCAUUCGAGGGCCGAAUGUUGUUGUACUAGCCGGGGAGAAGAGAGCAUUGGCAAAACUGCAGGACGACAGGAUGGAGAAGAAGAUAUACCCGCUAGACGAGCAUUUGGGGUUGGUGUUUUGUGGGUGGGCCGCUGAUGCCAGAGUUAUGGUGUCAAGAGCACAAAUCGAAUGCCAAUCCUUCCGGCUUAUGGUAGAAGACUUGGUGACCGUCGAGUACAUCGCGCGUUACAUUGCGGGCCUGAAACAGAAGUAUACUCAGGGCAACGGCCGCCGGCCCUUCGGCAUCUCCUGCAUCAUUGGCGGGUUCGACUGCGACGGGACACCACAUCUGUUCCAAACAAACCCUACGGGAACGUAUUACGAGUGGCAGGCUUGCUCAGCGGGCAGAUGCGACGGGGCGGUACUGGAGUACCUGGAGAAGAACUACAGUCCGCAGGCAGUUGCCACGGAUGCGGGGACAAUCAAGCUAGCCAUCAGAGCGCUACUCGAGGUAGUACAGGGAAGAGAUCAAAGAAAAUUAGAGGUGGCUGUAUUGAAGAGAGGGAAACCAAUCAAAAUACUGGAUCUACAUGCGAUAGACGCUAUCAUCGCGGAGAUAGGGAAAGAUAAAGAAAAGGAUAAGGAACUCAAGAAACAAAAUACACCUAAAAUAAAAUGAUUGAGACAUUACAUUAU